CUGAAAAUGUAAUGUUACCACUAGAGAAUGAAGAUAUCCUGCAGCGCUCUUCAGGGGAAGACCUCAUUAUCCUUAAUGUACAUCCAGGACUUCACAGUACAGAUCUGUCAUAUAAUCCUCCUAAUCAUAAGGAACCUUCUCCUGACCAAUCACAGAUUGUUACCACAAGUACGAGUCAGAAAGAGGGUGAAAGAUUUCACUGUGGUAAAGAGUUGACAGAAAUCUCGGGUCUUUCUACACACAGAAUAAUUCACACACAAGAGAAUCCAUACUUCUGCUCAGAAUGUGGGAAGUGCUUCACAGAAAAAUCACAUCUUAUUAUACAUAAGACACGUCACACAGGGGAGAAGCCAUAUUCAUGUUCAGAAUGUGGGAAGUGCUUCAUAGAUAAAUCGAGUCUUGUUAGACAUGAGAGACGUCACACAGGAGAGAAACCAUAUUCAUGUUCAGAAUGUGGGAAAUGUUUUACACGGAAAUCAAGUCUUGUUGCACAUCAGAGAUGUCACACAGGGGAGAAGCUGUAUUCAUGUUCAGAAUGUGGAAAAUGUUUUACACUGAAAUCAAUUCUUGUUGCACACGAGAGAAGUCACAGAGGAGAAAAACCAUAUUCAUGUUCAGAAUGUGGGAAAAGUUUUACACGAAAAUCAUACCUUGUUACACACGAAAGAAUCCACACGGGAGAGAAACCAUAUUCCUGUUCAGAAUGUGGAAAAGGGUUUACAGAUAAAUCACAUUUUGUUAGACAUGAGAGAAGUCACACAGGAGAGAAACCAUAUUCAUGUUCAGUAUGUGGGAAAUAUUUUACACAUAAAUCAGAUCUUGUUACACACGAGAAACGUCAUACAGGUGUGAAACCAUAUUUAUGUUCAAUAUGUGGGAAGUGUUUUACUCAUAAAUCAAGUUUUGUUACACAUGAGAGAAUUCACACUGGAGAGCAGCCAUAUUCAUGUUCAGAAUGUGGGAAAUGUUUUACACAAAAGUCUGAUCUUGUUACACAUGAGAGAAUUCACACAGGAGAAAAGCCGUAUUCAUGUUCAGAAUGUGGGAAAUGUUUUACACGGAAAUCUAAUCUUGUUGCACAUCAGAAAUUUCACAAAGGAGAGAAGCCAUAUUCUUGUUCAGAAUGUGGAAAGAGUUUUACAUAUAAAUCUAAUUUUGUUACACACAGAAUAAUUCACACACAAGAGAAUCCAUACUCCUGCUCAGAAUGUGGGAAGUGCUACACAGAAAAAUCACAUCUUAUUAUACAUGAGAGACGUCACACAGGGGAGAAACCAUAUUCAUGUUCAGAAUGUGGGAAGUGCUUCAUAGAUAAAUUGAGUCUUGUUAGACAUGAGAGACGUCACACAGGAGAGAAACCAUAUUCAUGUUCAGAAUGUGGGAAAUGUUUUACACGGAAAUCAAAUCUUGUUGCACAUCAGAAAUUUCACAAAGGAGAGAAGCCAUAUUCUUGUUCAGAAUGUGGGAAAUGUUUUACACUGAAAUCAAUUCUUGUUAAACAUGAGAGAAUUCACACAGGAGAGAAGCCGUAUUCAUGUUCAGAAUGUGGGAAAUGUUUUACACAAAAGUCUGAUCUUGUUAAACAUGAGAGAAUUCACACAGGAGAAAAGCCGUAUUCAUGUUCAGAAUGUGGGAAAUGUUUUACACGGAAAUCAAAUCUUGUUGCACAUCAGAAAUUUCACAAAGGAGAGAAGCCAUAUUCUUGUUCAGAAUGUGGGAAGAGUUUUACAUAUAAAUCAAAUUUUGUUACACAUGAGAGAACUCAUACAGGAGAGAAGCCGUAUUCAUGUUCAGAAUGUGGGAAGAGUUUUAGAUAUAAAUCAGAUUUUGUUACACAUGAGAGAACUCAUACAGGAGAGAAGCCGUAUUCAUGUUCAGAAUGUGGGAAAUGUUUUACACGAAAAUCACUUCUCGUUAUACACGAUAAAAUUCACACAGGAGAGAAGCCGUAUUCAUGUUCUGAAUGUGGGAAGAGUUUUAGAUAUAAAUCAAAUUUUGUUACACAUGAGAGAACUCAUACAGGAGAGAAGCCGUAUUCAUGUUCAGAAUGUGGGAAGAGUUUUAGAUGUAAAUCAAAUUUUGUUACUCAUGAGAAAACUCAUACAGGAGAGAAGCCGUAUUCAUGUUCAGAAUGUGGGAAAUGUUUUACACGAAAAUCACUUCUCGUUAUACACGAUAAAAUUCACACAGGAGAGAAGCCGUAUUCAUGUUCAGAAUGUGGGAAGAGUUUUAGAUAUAAAUCAAAUUUUGUUACACAUGAGAGAACUCAUACAGGAGAGAAGUCUUAUUCAUGUUCAGAAUGUGGGAAAUGUUUUACAGAGAAGUCAAAUCUUGUUAGACAUGAGAAAAGUCACACAGGAGAGAAACCAUACUCCUGUUCAGAAUGUGGGGAAAAAUCACAUCUUAUUAUACAUGAGAAACAUCACACAGGGGAGAAACCAUAUUCAUGUUCAGAAUGUGGGAAGUGCAUCAUAGAUAAAUCAAGUCUUGUUAGACAUGAGAGACGUCACACAGGAGAGAAACCAUAUUCAUGUUCAGAAUGUGGGAAAUGUUUUACACAAAAGUCUGAUCUUGUUACACAUGAGAGAAUUCACACAGGAGAAAAGCCGUAUUCAUGUUCAGAAUGUGGGAAAUGUUUUACACGGAAAUCAAAUCUUCUUACACAUCAGAAAAUUCACACAGGAGAGCAGCCAUAUUCAUGUUCAGAAUGUGGGAAAUGUUUUACACAAAAGUCUGAUCUUGUUAAACAUGAGAGAAUUCACACAGGAGAAAAGCCGUAUUCAUGUUCAGAAUGUGGGAAAUGUUUUACACGGAAAUCAAAUCUUCUUACACAUCAGAAAAUUCACACAGGAGAGCAGCCAUAUUCAUGUUCAGAAUGUGGGAAAUGUUUUACACAAAAGUCUGAUCUUGUUAAACAUGAGAGAAUUCACACAGGAGAAAAGCCGUAUUCAUGUUCAGAAUGUGGGAAAUGUUUUACACGGAAAUCAAAUCUUGUUGCACAUCAGACAUUUCACAAAGGAGAGAAGCCAUAUUCUUGUUCAGAAUGUGGGAAAUGUUUUACACGGAAAUCAAAUCUUGUUGCACAUCAGAAAAUUCACACAGUAGAGCAGCCAUAUUCAUGUUCAGAAUGUGGGAAAUGUUUUACACAAAAGUCUGAUCUUGUUACACAUGAGAGAAUUCACACAGGAGAAAAGCCGUAUUCAUGUUCAGAAUGUGGGAAAUGUUUUACACGGAAAUCAGAUCUUGUUGCACAUCAGAAAUUUCACAAAGGAGAGAAGCCAUAUUCUUGUUCAGAAUGUGGGAAGAGUUUUACAUAUAAAUCAAAUUUUGUUACACAUGCGAGAACUCAUACAGGAGAGAAGCCGUAUUCAUGUUCAGAAUGUGGGAAGAGUUUUAGAUAUAAAUCAAAUUUUGUUACACAUGAGAGAACUCAUACAGGAGAGAAGCCGUAUUCAUGUUCAGAAUGUGGGAAAUGUUUUACACGAAAAUCACUUCUCGUUACACACGAUAAAAUUCACACAGGAGAGAAGUCUUAUUCAUGUUCAGAAUGUGGGAAAUGUUUUACAGAGAAGUCAAAUCUUGUUAGACAUGAGAAAAGUCACACAGGAGAGAAACCAUACUCCUGCUCAGAAUGUGGGAAGUGCUUCAUAGAAAAAUCACAUCUUAUUAUACAUGAGAGACGUCACACAGGGAAGAAACCAUAUUCAUGUUCAGAAUGUGGGAAGUGCUUCAUAGAUAAAUCGAGUCUUGUUAGACAUGAGAGAAUUCACACAGGAGAAAAGCCGUAUUCAUGUUCAGAAUGUGGGAAAUGUUUUACACAAAAGUCUGAUCUUGUUACACAUGAGAGAAUUCACACAGGAGAAAAGCCGUAUUCAUGUUCAGAAUGUGGGAAAUGUUUUACACGGAAAUCAAAUCUUGUUGCACAUCAAAAAUUUCACAAAGGAGAGAAGCCAUAUUCUUGUUCAGAAUGUGGGAAGAGUUUUACAUAUAAAUCAAAUUUUGUUACACAUGAGAGAACUCAUACAGGAGAGAAGCCGUAUUCAUGUUCAGAAUGUGGGAAGAGUUUUAGAUAUAAAUCAAAUUUUGUUACACAUGAGAGAACUCAUACAGGAGAGAAGUCUUAUUCAUGUUCAGAAUGUGGGAAAUGUUUUACACAAAAGUCUGAUCUUGUUACACAUGAGAGAAUUCACACAGGAGAAAAGCCGUAUUCAUGUUCAGAAUGUGGGAAAUGUUUUACACGGAAAUCAAAUCUUGUUGCACAUCAGAAAUUUCACAAAGGAGAGAAGCCAUAUUCAUGUUCAGAAUGUGGGAAAUGUUUUACACGAAAAUCACUUCUCGUUACACACGAUAAAAUUCACACAGGAGAGAAGUCUUAUUCAUGUUCAGAAUGUGGGAAAUGUUUUACAGAGAAGCAUUGCUUCACAGAAAAAUCACAUCUUAUUAUACAUGAGAGACGUCACACAGGGGAGAAACCAUAUUCAUGUUCAGAAUGUGGGAAGUGCUUCAUAGAUAAAUCGAGUCUUGUUAGACAUGAGAGACGUCACACAGGAGAGAAACCAUAUUCAUGUUCAGAAUGUGGGAAAUGUUUUACACAAAAGUCUGAUCUUAUUACACAUGAGAGAAUUCACACAGGAGAAAAGCCGUAUUCAUGUUCAGAAUGUGGGAAAUGUUUUACACGGAAAUCAAAUCUUCUUGCACAUCAGAAAUUUCACAAAGGAGAGAAGCCAUAUUCUUGUUCAGAAUGUGGGAAAUGUUUUACACGGAAAUCAAUUCUUGUUACACAUGAGAAAAUUCACACUGGAGAGCAGCCAUAUUCAUGUUCAGAAUGUGGGAAAUGUUUUACACAAAAGUCUGAUCUUGUUACACAUGAGAGAAUUCACACAGGAGAAAAGCCGUAUUCAUGUUCAGAAUGUGGGAAAUGUUUUACAAGUAAAUCAAAUCUUGUUGCACAUCAGAAAUUUCACAAAGGAGAGAAGCCAUAUUCUUGUUCAGAAUGUGGGAAGAGUUUUACAUAUAAAUCAAAUUUUGUUACACAUGAGAGAACUCAUACAGGAGAGAAGCCGUAUUCAUGUUCAAAAUGUGAGAAGAGUUUUAGAUAUAAAUCAAAUUUUGUUACACAUGAGAGAACUCAUACAGGAGAGAAGCCGUAUUCAUGUUCAGAAUGUGGGAAAUGUUUUACACGAAAAUCACUUCUCGUUACACACGAUAAAAUUCACACAGGAGAGAAGUCUUAUUCAUGUUCAGAAUGUGGGAAAUGUUUUACAGAGAAGUCAAAUCUUGUUAGACAUGAGAGAACUCAUACAGGAGAGAAGCCGUAUUCAUGUUCAAAAUGUGAGAAGAGUUUUAGAUAUAAAUCAAAUUUUGUUACACAUGAGAGAACUCAUACAGGAGAGAAGCCGUAUUCAUGUUCAGAAUGUGGGAAAUGUUUUACACGAAAAUCACUUCUCGUUACACACCAUAAAAUUCACACAGGAGAGAAGUCUUAUUCAUGUUCAGAAUGUGGGAAAUGUUUUACAGAGAAGUCAAAUCUUGUUAGACAUGAGAAAAGUCACAUAGGAGAGAAACUAUUUUCCCAUAUUUAG